GAAGUAAGGCAGCACUAUAAAAUGAAAGAAACGGCAACAAUAAAUGGCCCUGAAGGAACUGUUUCCAGCAAAACACGGGAAUCAUUGGUGCUUCUCGAAAGAGGUAUGGAACAGCUACGAGAUAACGUUAAGAAUGUAAACGAGGACUAUCUUGGUGACAUUGACCUGCGUACGCUGCUAACAACUCAGAUGGAGAACCUUCAUACAGUCUCCCACUUCAAAAACGAGACUUUCACCGCUCUUCAGUAUGCUCAAGACUUUGGAACAAUUUUAAAGGAAUCUUUAAAGAGAACAACGAAGUGGGGUGCGAAGUACUUCACACUUGAGAAGUCUUAUUAUCCAGUGCCUAAAUCCAGUGUGGAGUUACGGGACGUAGAUUUGGUGAAACCUCCUACAGCUGAUAACGUUGACCCCAACAUUGAGGCAGCCAUGAAGGAAUUGGUUGACAGGUAUCGACCUGUCAAGGACAGUAAGAAGCGAAUCAACAAAAGACAAAGCGGGAGCCCUGCCGCCAGCUGUAUAUUCCAGUGCGCCAUCGUGUACUAGAGUAACAUUCCAAGAGGAUGUUUAAGAUGAUCCAGGGACAGACAAAGAA